CUAAUCCAAAUGAAGGCUGGAACCAAAACCGCAAAGAAUGAAGCAAGUGACGUUGACGAGGAAGAUACUAUAAUGUAUAAAGGAAGAAGAAUCUCAAGAGAUGAGAGACUUCGACAAAUGAGAGAAUCUCAGAAGAACUUACGAAAUCGAAGAAAUCAAGAGAUUGAAGAUUUAAAGUUGGAGAAUCAGAGAUUGAAACAAGUUAUUAAAGAUUUGGAAAAUUCAAGAAAGAUUGUAUCGGAUACUAAUUCAACACAAGGAUUCCUGCAAAAUGAGUUGAUGGAAUCCAUUCUUGAGAAUGACAUCCCUGAGCAUUUCCAAUUUCUACUGAAAUAUGGCCCAGAAAGAGCUUCAGAGAUAUUUGUAAGUAGCCAUCACUGUUUUUUCCAGCUAUUUGCAGACAAGACUUUGGAAUUUGUCGGAAAAUCUUAUCAUGAAGGUUACCCUUUAAUAACUAAUGAUGGGUUAUUUCAAAUAAGUCCAGUGUUUAACGAAAAUGAAACUUUUUUCAAAAAUUAUAUAGGAGAAUUAAUUGAAUUUCAAAGGAAAAAGGAAUUUCCAAAAAAGUGGUUAAAAGGAGAAAAAUGCUUAUCAAAGGGAGUUUUGUCACCAAUAGGAAUAUUGAGAUAUUUAUUAGAGUAUGUCGACUUGAAAACAGUCAAUACUGAUAUAUUAAUAAGUUGUAUUGUAACAAGAGCAUUUGCAUCAGAAUAUGGACCAGCCAUAAAAGUGCAUAUGUUGAGUCAAUGUGUGGAAGAUUCUAUAAAUGUUGAAUUUGAUCAUUUUUUUUUAACGGAUGAAAUAAAUUAG